CAGCCACAACCUUAACUGCUUCUACAUCUCGGACAGAUCAAGAGUCCACAUCUGACCCAGCCGAUCUUCCAUCAACUUCGGCCCCCUUCUUAAUACCAAUUCCUGAACGUAAACGCCGACGAAGGCUAGUAAAGACUGCCGAGAUGGUUCGUCCAAGGCCUGUCGUCCAAGAUCUUCUUGCCGACAUUCCAGCUGACGCCGAAGCCGCAGCAACGCAAUCAAUGCUUCCACCCAAACAAAAGAGAGUAAAAAAGGCUCAGCCUAAGGCCAAGGCUACAGACGCCGAGGCUGAGGAUGCUCUGCCGAUUUCGAAGCUAGCUGAAAGCAAAAAAUCGGCCUCUACUUCAACCAAAAGGUCUGCUGAGGGCCAACCCUCAGGAUCUACACAAACAAAGAGGCCAAGGUCAUCGUCUGCGACGACCUCGGCUUCAAAGAAGCCUGACAUCCCAUGGGCCCCUGAUCUUUCUCUGGAGGACAGGCCUAUCAUGGCUAGUGAAAGUGCUGAUGAUAUCAACGUUGCUGUUGCCCUUAGCACUGCUCUUCUUCUACCGAAUGACUUGGAGCGAAAUGCCAAGUUCAGUGAGUAUGAAAAUUACGCUCUGAUGCUCCAACACUCUGCUCAAGCUAUCCAACAUGCCCACUCAUUUUCAAUGCAAUCCUUUGAGAAUCGUCAAAGAUUGGUUGAUAUGAAGAGGGAAGCGACCUCAAUGAAGAGAGAAUUAAGGGCUCUUGAGGUAAAAAUGAAGAAACUAGAGGAUCAAGCCGAGGCUGCGACGAAGAACCAAACCUUAGCUCUUGAGAAGGCCGAAGCUGCUGAGGCCGUUAAAAAAGUAGCUGAGGCCGAGAAAAGGGAGGCCGAGGCUCAGAAGGUCCAAGCGCAAAAAGAACUUCAACAAGCUCUGGCCACCAAGGAGGCCGAAGUCAAGGAGGCCGAUGAAAAGGCCUAUGCUCAAGGCAUGGCCGAUGUUGCAGAAGAAUACAAACUUCAAGUCAGGCAGGCAUGCAACAGGGGAUUUUCCCUUGGUUGGAUGUCUCUGAUAAAGAAGCUUGAUCUCCCUGCUGACUCGCCAUUGCGCCAAGUUGAUGCUAAUCUUUUACCAUUUCUUCCUUCAAGUCAAGCUGAGGAUGAAUCAGAGACCGAGGUAGAAGCUGAGGGUGAAGACGAAGAGAAAGAUGAAGGUGAAGCCUUGGUGAGAAAACCCAAGGGCGCUACUGAGGCCAAGUCCUUUCCAGCUGAGCAAAUUUUAGACUUAACUCAAGAUGAAGUGGGUGAUGAGGCUGAGGAAGUGCCCAGGGAACCUGUUCAGGGGUGUCCAUCAUCUGAUCUUCUUCUGACUGACAGAAGUCUUGACACAACUUUAGCAGAGAUCGAUGCCGAAAUACGAGCGGAGAAGGUGGCCGAGGAUAUUCCAGCUGAAUCCUCCGAGGUUCCAGUUUCUGCUGCUGCUGAUGUUCAAGAGUCUUGAUUUUCCCUUCUUUCUUUUCUGGAUUUUGGACUUUGUUCUUUCUUUUAAUUCCCGAACAAUGUACAUUCCUUCUUGUGGCCGAUGUGCCUUUUUUCAGUAUGUAAUUGCAACUGUUCUUGCAAAGGAUAUUUUUGAUCUUGUGAUGUUCUGUUGCUUGCUUCUGCACAGUUCUAUACUUAGAAAUUUUUGCAUGCUUUCUUUGUGCAGUCUUCUCGGGGUUACAUACCUUGGGUAUAACUGCAAGGCUUUUACUUCGGCAGGAUACUGACCUGUAAACCUUGUAUAAAUUCUGUCAAGAAAACACAUACUACUCAAUGUAUAGAAAU